CACAGAUCCCAUAUAUCUGCUUCUUCUCACUUUGGGGAGUUCAUAGCUGGCACAGUUCUGAAAGUCAUUUUCCCUUACUCUGAUACUUCUGGCCACAUUGCCCUAUUCUUGUCUCCCGAAGCUUCCCUGUUAAGGAUGGCUGGUCAACUGACUCAAAGAGUUGCUCUCUCCCUGCUGCUCUUCCUAACACCAGCAGUGCUAUCAACAUGGUAUGCAGGCUCAGGCCACUAUCCAGACGAAAGCUACAAUGAAGUGUAUGCAGAAGAGGUCCCCGCUGCCCGCACCCUGGACUACAGAGUCCCCCGAUGGUGUUAUACAAUGAAUAUCCAGGAUGGAGAAGCCACAUGCUACUCACCAAGGGGAGGAAAUUAUCACAGCAGCCUAGGCACACGUUGUGAGCUCUCCUGUGACCGGGGCUUUCGACUGAUUGGACGGAGGUCGGUGCAAUGCUUGCCAAGCCGGCGUUGGUCUGGAACUGCCUACUGCAGGCAGAUGAGAUGCCAUGCACUGCCGUUCAUCACUAGCGGCACCUACACCUGCACAAACGGGGUGCUGCUUGAUUCCCGAUGUGACUACAGCUGUUCCAGUGGCUACCACCUAGAAGGUGAUCGCAGUCGCAUCUGCAUGGAAGAUGGACGAUGGAGUGGAGGAGAGCCUGUAUGUGUAGACAUAGAUCCACCCAAGAUCCGUUGUCCUCAUUCCCGUGAGAAGAUGGCAGAGCCAGAGAAAUUAACUGCUCGAGUAUACUGGGACCCACCCUUGGUGAAAGAUUCUGCUGAUGGUACCAUCACCAGGGUGACACUUCGGGGCCCAGAGCCUGGUUCUCACUUCCCUGAAGGAGAGCAUGUGAUUCGUUACACUGCCUAUGACCGAGCCUACAAUCGGGCCAGCUGCAAGUUCAUUGUGAAAGUACAAGUGAGACGCUGUCCAGUUCUGAAACCACCCCAGCACGGCUACCUCACCUGCACCUCCGCAGGGGACAACUACGGUGCCACCUGUGAAUACCACUGUGACGGUGGUUAUGAACGCCAGGGCACCCCAUCCCGAGUCUGCCAAUCAAGUCGACAGUGGUCAGGAUCACCACCUCUCUGUACUCCUAUGAAGAUUAAUGUUAAUGUCAACUCAGCUGCUGGCCUCCUGGAUCAGUUCUUUGAGAAACAGCGACUCCUCAUAGUCUCAGCUCCUGAUCCCUCCAAUCGAUACUACAAAAUGCAGAUCUCCAUGCUGCAGCAAUCCACCUGUGGACUAGACCUGCGGCAUGUGACCAUCAUCGAGCUGGUGGGGCAGCCACCUCAGGAGGUGGGGCGCAUCCGGGAGCAACAACUAUCAGCCAACAUCAUUGAGGAGCUCAGGCAAUUCCAGCGCCUCACUCGUUCCUACUUCAACAUGGUGUUAAUUGACAAGCAGGGUAUUGACCGGGAACGCUACAUGGAACCGGUCACCCCUGAGGAAAUCUUCACCUUCAUCGAUGACUACCUGCUGAGCAACCAGGAGCUGGCACAGCGAAGAGAGCAAAGGGAUGUGUGCGAGUGACCCUGAGCCAGUCUGUGGCUGAGGUCAAGUGCACAACUGUCCUAGGUAGUAGCUUAAACUGAGGAGGAAAUUUUUCCCAGUGUUGGGAGCAGGACUCCGGCGGGGGUGAGGUUUGCCAACUCCAGGACAGUUCCAGACAUCAUUUUAGGGCAGAAUAUUUGUUUCCCUCAACAAGGUUCCACUUUAGUAGCACUGGAAAAGCAUAUGAAAGUAGGUAGGGACUGAGGCCAGGCAGUGGUUUGCGGGUAGAUGGUCUUCUCUGACUAGAGCCUCUGCCGAGCUCUCCCAAGUCGUUGAGAUAAGUAAAUCCUAAAUUCAUUCAUUUA